AUGAUGAAGGCCACCCUUCCGCUGUGCUUGCUAGUGGCCAUGUUUCACCUCACUGUCCACAGCCUGACCCAGACUGACCACCACAAUGGUGAGACCAAGGCAAUUGACCCUGAGGACCAGCAUCCCCAUGAGAGAGAUCCUCUUGAGUCCUGCCAACAGGUAGUCCCCAGCAACACAGACUUUGCCUUCCGGUUUUACAGGCAAGCAACCACGCAAGAACCUGGCAAGAACAUUUUCUUUUCCCCAGUUAGCAUCUCCACUGCCUUUGCCCUGCUGGCCCUGGGCUCCAGAGCCACCAGCCAGGCUCAGGUGCUGGAAGGGCUGGCCUUUAACCUCAGUGACACCCGGGAGGAGGAAAUACACAACGGCUUUCGUCAUCUCCUCCUCUUGCUGAACCGCCCUGGCAGCCAGGUGCAACUGAUCAUGGGCAACACCCUGUUCAUGGACAAACACCUGAAGCCACUGAAAACAUUUCUGAAGGACAUUAAAAAACUGUACAAAGGAAAAGUUUUUUCUAGUAACUUCCAAAAUUCCACUGAAGCUAAAAAAGAGAUCAAUGAUCAUAUAAAGAACAAAACCCAUGGGAAUAUAAACCAAAUAUUUAAAGACCUUGAUCCAAACACUCUAAUGGUAAUUGUUAAUUACAUUUAUUUCAAAGCCUACUGGGAAAAUCCUUUCAAUAUUAAGGGGACUCACAAGGAUUAUUUCCAUGUGAAUGCGAAGACCUCAGUUGAAGUGAAGAUGAUGACUCGAGAUGGAUUUUAUAAAACAUACUCUGACAGGAAACUGUCUUGUGAGGUGGUGCAGAUUCCUUACAAGGGAGAUGUUGCAGCAUUGUUUAUCCUGCCCAAUGAAGGAAAAAUGAAACAGUUGGAAGAUGCUCUGACAAAAGACACUUUGUCUAAAUGGGAAAAAUCACUCAAAAGGAGGAGGAUAGAAGUCUAUAUUCCAAAACUAUCAAUUUUGGGUACCUAUGACUUAAAGAAGACGUUCAUGAAUCUGGGUGUAACUGAUGUGUUUUCUGAUCGGGCUGAUCUGUCUGGAAUCACAGGAAAGCCUGAUGUGAAGGUUUCAAAAGCUGCUCACAAGGCCCUGCUGAAGAUUCACGAGAACGGCACAGAGGUUGCAGCAGUCACUGGCACAGAUUUUCUUCCUCAUUCUGUUCCUCCUGUUGUUAAAUUCAACCGUCCCUUUUUGCUAUUGAUUGUUGACCAAUAUACUCAGAGCAUCCUCUUCAUGGGAAAAAUUGUAAACCCAACUGAAAAAUGA